AUCCACUCUGCCUUCAGUGUGAAUAUUUAAAGCUGCUGCUCAGCAUCACAACAUUUACAGAGAAGAAGAAGCUUGGACCUCUGAACCCGAACAGAACCAGAACAGAACCACUGAGAGGAGGAAACAGCUGAAUGAUGAGUGCUGCUCAGAGUCCAACAACACUGGAGUCCAAACUGGAGGCCCUGCAGUGCCACUUCACCUGGGAUCUGGACCGCAGCAGGUUCACACUUUUCCGUCUCAGGGACAAUAUGAAGGACAUUGGUACCGAGGAGGGAAACAGCUGGCUGGGUCACAUUUACAACCUGCAGGGGUUCAUUCAAUACAAGUUAGGGUUCACUGAAGACGCCCAGAGUUUGUUGAACAAGGCUGCAGAGGCCUUCAGCCAGACAAGAGGGGCAGCUGAGGGUCCCUGGUUAGUGGUGAACUACGGGAACCUGGCCUGGCUGCACCACCACCUGGGAGACCAAGCAAAGAGUCAGGCUUACCUGUCAAAGGUCGACGCCCUGAUGGAAAAAUAUCCAUCUCCAUCCCAGGACGAGCUCCACCCGGAGAUCUACGCUGAAAAAGCCUGGACCCUGAUGAGGUUCAGCACAGACAAAAGGCUGCUGGCUGCAGAUUACUUCCAGAGAGCCAUCAGGAUGCAGCCGGACAUGGUGGAGUGGAACACCAGCCGGAUUUUAGCGUUGGUGAGUGCUGCUAACUACGACAACAAAGAGCUGGGGGCUGAUGUCUUUGAGGAAAUGAGAAUCGCCAAAGAACAGGAUCCAGAGAACUUGUACCUCGCUGCUCUUUAUCUUGAGCAACGUGCUAAGAGAGAAAGAGAAAGAAUCAAAGAUGAAGCACAUGAGUUAUCCAGAAAGGUUUUAAGAAAUCCCGUCAGCAGCUACAGUGGGAUGACACCGUUACUAUGGCUUUACACAAACUAUGUGUCUAAAGAUGAGGCCAUUAAUCUGGCAGAGGAGGCUCUGAAAGAACAUCCAGAUUCACGUUAUCUGAAGAGAUGUGCUGCUCUCUGCUACAAAUGGAAGAUCGAAUAUUCCAGUGACAAUCGUCCAGAGCAAAGCAUGGUAGACAGAGCAAUCAGCCUCCAAGACGAGGUGAUUGGUCUUUACCCUCAUUCUUCAUUUUAUAAGAAAAUAGACCUAGCAAGGAAUGCUGAAAAGUCAACCCACAGUCAGGCUAAAGCUGAGCAGAUAUACCAGGAACUGCUACGAAGUGAUCUGGAACCUGCAGAGAGACAGAUGCUUUACCACCACUACGCAAACCAUUUAUUUUUCAUCCACAAGGAUUACGACAAUUCAGUUAAGUACCACAUGAAGGCAGCAGAGAUACCGCAACAAUCCAUCUUGCGUCAGAAAAGCAUCAGAGUUCUGGAGAAGAUUAGAGACAAAAACAGGAACCGAAUGUGCGGAGAAAUAGAGGCCUUCCUGGCAAAGCUGCAGGAGCCGUAGUGUGUUUAACAAGACUGCUUCUAUAUCCAGACAAAUAUAUAUAUGCAGUACUUAAAUAAGUAUAAUUUGAUUACAUACACAUUAGGAACAUUUAGAUUUGGUAAUGUAGAAGAGUUAUCUCUAAACUUUGUCACAGUUUAGUGGAAGUUCAGACUAAAAUGAAUAUCACGAUUUCUACAAGAAGAAUGACAAACAUCCACAAAUUCACAUAAAUGGAGAGAAUUUAAUUGGAAAGGCCUUACCUGACCCAACAAGCUGUCCAGCUCCUGAUCCAGGCUGUGUUCAUCUCUAACACCGUCCUGACGGCCUCCAGCCUGCACAGUGAAACCUCUUCAGAUGAUCCAGAACGUGGCGGCUCGCCUGCUCUACAACAUGUCACCCCACUGCUCAUCGAGCGAACCCACAGUCGGGCUAAAGCUGAGCAGAUAUACCAGCAACUGCUACGAAGUGAUCUGGAACCUGCAGAGAGACAGAUGCUUUACCACAACUAUGCAUACGAUUCAUACCAUUUUCAACACGAUAACGACGGGUCAAUAGAAUAUCUCAUGAAGGCAGCAGAGACACCGCAACAAACCAUCUUGUGUAAGAAAAGCAUCAGAACUUCGAGGAAGAUUAAAAAUAGGUGGAGCAAGUGCAGAGAAAUAGAGGCCUUCCUGUAAAACCUGCAGGAGCUGUAGUGUUUGUAACAACACAAAUCCAGACACACACACUUUAAACUACUAGUGAAUCCUCUGUUUCCAUUCAAACAAACUGAAUUUCCUGCUAAAUCCAAACAUUUGAAAUGAUAGCAUGAUCCUGCCUCACAUCGGGCAGGACCACAGUUCUUGGUGGCUCCCUAGAGUAAUUUUCCCUCUUUGAUGCCGCAGUGGUAGAUAAUACUCAACAUGCAAGAAAACUGACCUGUCCUCUUUAAGGUGUCCUUCCAGUGAAGGAAAUGUGAUGCAGUGAGUUCAACCGUUUAAUGAACUCUGGUUGAAUCCUUUCCAGGCUCGCCUGUUGGCUCUGAGUGCCCUUUUCCCUCUUUAAUAACUGUUUACUAAAUUAACUGAUGUGUUAUGUAUUGUAUGUAUCCACUGUGGACAUGUUGAGAUGUUUUUAAUAUAAUUCAGUUCAUUAGAUGAUUCAUUAAAACAUAUUUUUAAUCACAGGUUCUUCUUCUUAACUCCCAUGUACCCGUAGUGUUUCCUAUGUUCCUGUUGUGUUGAUCAGUUUUUGCUUUAGCUCUGUAUUUUCAGUUCAUGUAAGAACAGGAUACUUUAUACCAGAUGAAAUGUGCUUUGCUGUAAAAUCAAACUCGUUAAUUUGAUUUAGAAUCUGAACAUUAUCACCAGAUUCAAACAAAGUAUGUCAUGCUGUCUCAGCUGUACACAAUACUAACACUAUGAAAUAAACAUGAUGUGCACUAAGAAAA